AAUUGUAUGUAUGGUAUGGAGUCGAAUCCAUAAAUAUCGAGAAAACUAAACACUAAAGAAUCAUGCUUAUACUAAUCUUCUAGAACAAAAUUGUUGUAGAAAGCUACUCUACUUGUUUAAGAGUAUGCUAAAUUAAGCAUGUUGCUUUCAUCUUCUUUUUUAAAGCUGCUUGGUCUUAUAAGAUCAUGACUUGUAUUUUUCUUUAUCCAUUUCUAUGACUACUCUUUUUCAAAAAAAAGAGUUACAGAAGCUAAUUUUUUUCCUCUAAAAUACAUUAUAGACAUUAGAGAAUUACCUCUUAUUUGACUCUUUAUUUUAUUUCAGAACAUCUGAAUGUACACUUUGAUAAACUCUAAAAAUCACAUGAUCAAAUAUAGCUGAAGAUUAUUCAAAUAUUUUGGAUGUAUCUCGAGUUAAUUAUGAACUUCCAACUUAAAAUCAAUUGGUGAUUAGUAGAUUGACUAUGACUCUUUAUAUAUUACUUAAUGUCCCCUUAAAAUUCUCGAUGUGGGAUAUAUAUCCAUAAUAGUAUCAAGUGCUAAUUAGACUAAGACAUGUUUCAGGCCCUGACGAUUAUAUAAACUUCUAGUUCUACAUAGAUGUUGUUAAGAAAUUUACCAAAAGUAGCUUUAGUUUGAUUCAACGCCUUAGAAACUUCUUAACUGAUUUGUACUUAGAGAAAAAAGUGUUCAACAGUUUCAAGCUUUGAAAUUUCAAGUCGUCGUCUAGACUUCUAAGAAAAUCUUGUAACAUUGAAUCUUGAAGAAAGAAAAACAAACAAUAAAAUUAAUUUGUUAAAUCUUAGAAGACCAUGACUUGGUCAAUAUUAUUACCAGUUCGCUGCCGUGUGUUACAAAACACGAACCAGCCCUUGCUACGUCGACUAUACUCGACCGGGUCAAUGGGUUAUCACUAGUUAGAUCUUCGGUCGGGAUCUUGCCAAACAAUUUAAUUGAAAAAAACAAAAUAAUUGUGGUUUCCUUGUGUGGAAUAGGCUAAAAGGUUUUUGUUCUUGAAUUUUGGACAUACUUUGCCUGUCGAUUAAUUGAAUUCAAUUUAAGCUGAAAUAAGUAGUGCAAGAUCACAUCUACAACACUCCCACGGGAUUGGAGCUUCUAUUAAACAAAAUCAUAAUUACUUGGAAAAUAUAUAUUUGAGUUUCGCUCCAUGUAAUUUAUAUAGUACUAGUAUUAUGGUCCUUGCUAUGCAAGGGCAAAAUAAUUGUCAAAUUAAAGAUGAAAACAUUACAUUAGUUAACUUUUUUUUUUUUGAGAAAAAGCUUUAGUUACCAUUGUUUACCACUUAAAUGAAUACAGAAAUACACACCUUUAAUAGUUGACAACUGCUUUUGUGGAUGAACUCGAGGUCUUGAACGCAUUUGAGAAACGAAACAUUCGAUGGAGCUUUAAAUGAGAGUGUUAAGACAUUUCAUCACCAUUAUUAUUAGACUUUGAGGAGUUGGUGCUUCUUGUUCUAUGUCUUCCGUGCUUAAAUAUUUUACGCAAUGAAUACAUGUGUUAGAAAUUUUCUGAGUUUUAUGUGAAACUUAUAAUUUACGGUGUUUUCUGAUCUUUUAAAUGUGGAGAUUUCAGUUUAUUUAGAUGCAAAAGAAGUAAAGGUAGUGGGACGGUAAAGAUAUUGGAAAACAGUUUCACCAAUAGAACUGAAAGAAUUUUUAAUAAUGGAAGAUUAAAAAAAUUAGACAAUAAUUAACUUGAUCGAAACAAUACAAAACAGAAUAUGUAAAAAAAAUCAAAUGAAAAGGACAGUGAACAAACAAAGAAUCAUGGGUUGUGGGCUACUUUUUUAAAAUUGUUCUACGGUUUCUGUUAUUUUUUUCUUUUAAGCAUUAUUUUUCUUUCAGACUGUUCUCUAUUCCAAUUUUUUUUUUGAAAAAUAGAUUUUCCACAUAUCAGCUUUAGAUUGGUGAUGCGACUUGCGCUUUAGUAUAUAAAGGAUUCCGGUAACUUAUGAUAUAGCUAUCUGUGACAUUAGUUGGAAAACAUUUCAAACUCGGGUGAUCUUUCAAAAAUAUAAACACUGUAACAUUAACCGUAUAUAAAAGAAAAACUUUUUGUGCAAAAAAUGAUGUCGUCUCAAGAAAACAACAAUAACAAUCUUUGAAUAAUCUGCAUGUUAAGAAUUUCAAUAGAGUUGGAACCAACAUCGAAGUUAACUGUUAGCACUAACCGUUAUUUAUAUUAGUCUAUAUAUACAUGCCCUAAUAUAUGUGUUAACUCAUACCCGAAAAAAAACUUAAGUUACAAAUGGAAGAGGUAAUGUCAAUUAUUUUCCACGGAUUGAAACUGGUUGAUGAGCUUAAGUCAAGCUUACAGGAAAAGUCACCGGAAUCUCUGUCCACCUCUCUCGACGAGAUCACAAAGACAUUUGAUGAUGCAAAAGAGCGGUUGAAGAUAGUCCUUGUGAUCAGGAACUCGGAGACCACAAUGAACCAAGUCAAACCGGUGAUCUCUUCUUGCUCAGACCGGAUGCUAAUGCAGAUUGAACCGGAUCUGAUGCAUGAGUAUUGGUUAAGGUAUGGUGGGUCCACGUCAUCUCAUGGAACCGAAGCCGUGACUCAAAGGCAGCUCAUGGCCGUUGAUGGUGACGGCGGAAGAAAUUUGACGGCUACGGAAAGAUCAGGUGGCUCCGGUAGCGGUUCCUCCACGCCAAGGCAACGUAGAAGGAAAAACGAAGGAGAAGAACAAACGGUGUUGGUGCCGGCGUUAAGGUCGGGAAACACAGAUCUACCACCUGAUGAUAGCCAUACUUGGCGUAAAUACGGCCAAAAGGAAAUUCUUCACUCAAAGUUUCCUAGGGCGUACUAUAGAUGCACCCACCAAAAGUUAUACAAUUGUCCAGCCAAGAAGCAAGUCCAACGCCUCAACGACGAUCCCUUCACCUUUCGAGUCAAUUACCGUGGCUCACACACUUGCCACAUCUACUCAACCGCUCCCACCGCUUCUGCUGCUGCCCCCACCGCUCUAAUCACAACUACAACCACAACUAGCCAUCCCGUUGACUAUGGUCCCUUUUUCGACAUGGCCGAAGCUAUGAUGCUUGGUAGCGGCGGUAUUGGGGCCAACAUGGAUUUCAUAUUUCCUUGCAAUGAUCCACCUCAUCAUCAUCACUGUUACCGGAGGUCAGAAGACGGAGACGGAGACAAAUAGGAUACCGGAGACAUAUGAUUCAUAUAUAUAUCUACAGAAAAAGGACAUGUUUAAUUUAAUUUAUUAAUUAUUUAAGUUUUGUAUAUUACACGUGAUUCUAGUUUGGGAUCUAAUGGGAAACCAAUUCUUUUAAAUUAGUUCGCUUUUUACAAAAUUUGGAAGUGUUUUGUUACUAAAUGGGGUUGUUUCAACCCUGUAUUUAAAUUAUUUCCAUAGUUUUCUUAUCAUUCUCAACAUAAUUAUACAAAUUAGCAUAUAUUUUCAAAUUUACGCUUUAAAAGAAAAUGUAAUCAUUAGAAAAAUCAAUUGUUUUAAGGUGCUGACAACAUUUUUUGCCAAUGCCAGUACUUCAAAUUGAUAAAAAAUAGUGUUAGGGUUUCGAUAUUUCGUUUUAGUCACAAAAUACUAUUUACAUAAAGAUUUUAAGAACUUAUUUUCCAUGAUAUUUUUUAAAGGUCCCUAUUUCCAUACAAAUCUCCUAAAGGAGCUCAUUUCAUCAAAUUUUGUUUUUAGCAAAAUCAUUUCAAUUUUAGUUUAAAGAGAUUUAAUUGACUUUGAAAUAGAACAUGAAGUAAAAUCAGAAUUUCUGACGCAAAGAAAAAGGGACAGUAAUAAGAAUAUCUCAUAAUAUGUUGUGCACACUUUUUCAGUACAAGGUACAUUUUCUUACAGAAAUAAUGCACUAUCUUUUUUUUCUUAAUAAUAAUGCACUAUCGUUUUAUUUAAAAUAAAUUAAAAUUAGGGGUAAAUUUUUAUUUUGUCAAUAUCUCACAAAUUGGCAUGAACUUGUUGGUGUUUCCUCCUUUUUGCUGUUGUCUUAUUUUCAGACUAAAGAAUCCAAAUUAGUAAAAUUGUCUGAACAGUGUCAAAAUCAGCUAUUCGAGUGGAUGUUUUGGUCCCUCCACCAUCACUAUUCAUCAUGCAUGGGCCUUCGUUUUGCCCUUUUGUUUAUCAUGUGCAUUUGCUAUGCCGACAGAGAAGAUACUGUAUCCUCUAUUAUUUUAUAACAGUAUAGUGUGACAUGUAAAAGAUGUUUAAGGUAUUGAAUGAAUCAUAUCUUUUAGUUUAGUUUUUGGUUCUGAAACACACAAAAGAAAGACUCAAUCAUAUAACGCAAUCAAGUAUAUAUCCGAUCCAAGAUUCAUAUAUCUUUUUUUUGGUGUAAAAGAUUCAUAUAUCUUAUUAAUUAAUUUACUGAACUAUUUUAAAAAAAACUAAUCUUUCUUGACUAUCACACGUAAAAUUAGUUUAAUUUAUGAACAAUUUUAUUAAAUAUGUCUAUAAAAUCUAGUAAGUUUUUAUCGAUUUAUCUAUGUUAAGUUAAAAAAUUUCAAGGAUCCGUACGUCAUAGGAGUGACAUAGAUUUAGUUUUGUAUAAAAGGGUUCAUGUACGGUUAUGUUUUAUUGUUGCGGCAAGCAUUGAUUAAUGCCCUAAUGUAUAGGGUGAUUGUUAUGUAAGGGCAACAACAACAAAAAAAAAAGACAAAACACGACAGUCUGCGAGAUGCAUUUGUCUCUUCUUCUUUUUUCCAUUUACCACCAAACAUUCGUAGCCGCAAUGUGAAUGGAUAAGUUUCUUUACACUCUUAAUUUACGCAAUAUCAUAUAUAUUAAAAAUUAUUGAAUCCGACUAUAGAAACACUAACAAUCAAAUAGGCAAAACAAUAGUCUAGUGGGAGUGUCGCAGUUGGAUCUUGGCUUAUAUUCUAAUUAAGUUUCAUAGGCUAUCCUUCAAUCAAAAUUGUAUCACCUUUACUGCCGACCUAUGAUUUAUCCAAGAUGAACAUGUGAGAAAGAAAAAAAUUACUUAGUCAAGAAUCAGACUUACUAUAACAUAGAAAAUGAAACAAUAGAAAUGUCGAAACAGAAUUAUAACAAA